AUGCCUGGCCUCGAUGAAAGCCAUAUUGAAAUGGGAAGCUGGUUGUCACAUUGCGAUACUCCAGCCGACCACGCCAUUAAUCUUGGAUUGUUUCUAUCCAAGAUACAUCAAGAUGUUCUUGACGGUCAAGCCAGUAUCCGUGAUGAACUCAUGGACAGAAUCGACACCAUCAAAGACAAUAUUUCAAAUGAUGUUAUUGAGAGAGUUCAAGAGCAUUUGGAUUCCGGUGAGAAAUUAACCUUUCAAUUAGGUUGUCAACACGUCAUCGACUCAAGUAUUGAAGCCUACACCGCUAUUAUCAGGAAGCCAAACAAGACAAUCAUCGAGAACUCACUUUUUAGGAAGAUCAAGGGGCUUCCGUGGUGUACCGAGCAACUUCCACCCAAGCCUAAUGGAAUCGCUCUCACAUCCGACACUCAGACCUUGGCAACCAUGAUCAAGGAAAAGGCAAAGCAUGCCCGAGAAAACUUACACACUGUAGUAUUAAACCUGAUCGUGGCUGUGAGCGAUGUACAAGGUCAAUACCUGACCUUCAUACGCUUGUUGGAUUGGUCAGUAUCUUUGUAUUGCUAUAUACACAAGGAAGAAACUACUGAAAUGUUUCUAUUUCAGAUCGUUCACGUUGAUAACGGGGUAGGUGAAUCAAGAUCGAGCGAUGAAAUUUGGGAUAAUACUGACAUGAUAUCCUGUACCCGUUAUGCAUACCUUCGGCGUGAAUGCCUGCGAAUAUACCAUCCAAAUAAAGCCACUUCCACAAUAUGGACAGAAGUGGACAAUCAAUUGGAGUACCUACGUUCAAAAGGGCGCCCAUAUACAACUUGCUUUUACAAUAUUCUCUAUCAACAAGACCGCAAGAGAUUUGACAAAGGAACUGUCAUGUACGACAACAUCCCACUGGCCGAUCGAUCAUUCAAAAUGCCCUCAGAUGACGAGAUUCAGGCUGAGAUACCAAAGUUGCAAUCACGUAAAACAAACAAGAAAGCAAACAAGAAGACACCUAACAAAAACUGA